AUGCAAACCUGGAGGGAACUAUUAGAGACUAAUAAUGACCAAUUAGAUUAUACAAGGGCUGUUACUUAUGUUAUAUGUUGUCAAAACAAAGAUACUUUAAACCAAUUCCUCUCUCAAUGCUGGAAGAUCGAAGAAAAUGAGAUGGUUACAAACCUAGAGCCGCUAGGUUUCUUUACCAAAGAUAUUGGCUCUGAAGAUGAGCGGUUAACUGUGAAUGUUUACUAUGUGCGAAGUCCCUUAAGUGUGCAGCUUUUAAAGUAUCUAAAGGUGUUCGGAGAAGAUAUAGAUCUCGCGGAAGCUAGGUGGGUUUGGUUAAUGGACUGGAUCCGCGAUGAUAAAAGGCACUGGCUAAGGAACAUGGCCACUUCAGUUGCCGCUCUUGCAGAGGUAGGCCUUGAAGUCCCUCCAGGAGGUUCCGUGGCGGUUAUGUUAAGCCCAAGCCACGUGCUCCAGCUCGAACGAAACACCAUGCUCUGGAACUCGCGUAGGCUUGACAUGGUACACCAGAGCAUUCGUGCAGCUUGCUUGAAGAGCAAGUCCUCUCUGGUUACCUUCGAUCCUGAUGACGCUCCAGAACUUGACACUCGCGCCGUACGCAGCCUCAUUCAGAACACACUAUACAAGAAAGACCCGGAGAUGGCCAGCCUCCACGACCUUUUUAUCCCAUAUGGAACCGACUCCGUCGGUAAGAUCUGUACUAUUUCCCCUGAGUUUCCAGUAGAUGCUGUUUUCGAUGAAGAGUUUAUCGCUGGCACCUUCGAGGCCACGAUAACUGCUGGACGAGACCCUAUCGCCACUUUAAAUUCACCAGACCAGCAUUCAGAGGCCUCAUACUGGUCUUUUGAUCUCCAGAAACGCUUGGCGCAACUGUACAAGCAACAAGAUUGCAGUAGCAAGUCCCACGCCUCAACACAUCACAGGUUUCACAAACUACAGACAGAAGACUACAAUUAUCAAUUUAAACUACCAGAAAAUAUACCAGCAGUAAGAGAUCGAUCAAUGCCAAGAUCACCAGUAGCAGAUAGCCCACACCAUGAUACCUUAGAAUCUGUCUAA